AGAGACGGAGAGCUGUUGACACGUUGCCUGACAGGCUUUUAGUUUUUAGGUACAGGCUUUUAGUUUUUAGGUGCUGGCUUUAACCGCUUUAGACUGCCGGGUGAUGUGGAGCAUGUGUUCGCGGUGUUGCUGGUCAGACUGGGGAGUCCUGCUGUCCGGUGUCAGCCUGUCCUCCGGGUUUGUUGUCGUUAGCCUUUGGUUGAGCUAACUGGCUAAUUGUUAUGAUAACUCGUGAACUCGGGAUAGCGACGAGAGAGAGGAGUGAUUUUUACACGUGAGGCUUUAUUAAACCCCUGUUUUACGAAUUAGGGCAGCAUUUGUCCAGGUUUACCUGUUCUGCAGGUUUGACUAUGAAACCACUGUGACUGCAUCCUCAUCAUGGAGAAGUUUGGUAUGAGCUUUGGGGGAGGCCCAAGCAAGAAAGAACUGCUUGAGACAAUAGAGUCCCAGAAGAAGGAGCUCAUCAAAUAUCAGACUCGAUUCAAAGAUGUUGUCCGAGCCUAUAAGAGUUUACUAAAGGAGAAAGAAGCUUUGGAAGCUAGCCUAAAAGUCCUCACUGUGUCUCAGGAGGCGGAUUUAAGUCCGCACAGCAAUGACCCAUCUUCUGGUGCAUGCAGUGGCCAAACAGAGUGCCCAGCACCCACUGACCUUGCAGAUGACCACUGUUCCCUUCAUAGUGAGGACAGCGUGGACACUGCAGCCUCUGUUGACACAGCCAGCAGCAGCACUAAGGGAGACCCUGCAGAGGAGGACCAGAAUGGCCCUGCAGAAGGAGCUGUGCCAGGGCCCGCAGGGCCUUCUGUCAUCCAGCAGUCAGAAGAGGCAAGCGGUUCAGAGAGUGGUGUCAGUUCCAGCAGCAGUACUAGCAUAGAGCAACCUGUUGCCUUAGCAGUAGCUGAGACGGACCGUCGGGUGAUGCAGCUCAAGACCCAGUUGUCUACUUUGAUGACGUCCUUGGCCACAGUCACUCAGGAAAAGUCUAGAAUGGAGGCUUCCUACCAAGCAGACAAGCGGAAGAUGAAGCAAGAGCUGGAGGAGAUGCAGGGGAAGAUGGAGGAGGCCCACAAGCAGCACCAGAACGCGCUUCAGGCUUUACAGGAGCACCUUGCGGAGAGCAAGGCCCGCGUCAUCACGCAGCAGCACGAGCGAGAGCUGGAGCAGGGCGAUCAUGCCCACAUGCUCCGUGAGCUUCAGAAACUCCUGCAGGAGGAGAGGAGCUUAAGGCAAGAUGCUGAACUCAAACUGGAGGAUGCCAGAGAAGCCCUUGUGGAAGCCAUGAAAGCUGCAGACAGGGGGCUGGAUUGUGAGGAACAGCUGAGGAAGAUGGCUGAGGAUUGUGAGACGCUGAGAAAAAGUUUGCAGACCUCAGAGACUGAAAGGAGUAAGCCCAAUCCACGGGUAGAGGAGCUGCAGCAAGAGAUUGCCGACCUCAAGGCACACUUUAAUCAGCAGAUUCAGCAUGAAAUUAGGAAGGUUACUCAGACAGAAGAGCGUUUGCGGGAGCAGGCACAGUUGGAGGAGGCGCGAGUGGCCAGUCUAGAGGAGAGGGUCUCUGAGCUGUCGGAAUUGCUGGGUGCUUGCGAGAAGGCCAGGCAAAAAGACCAACAGAAUGCUCAGAGGCUACGGGAGCGCAUCCUUCAGCUGGACACGGAGAACAAGACUCUGGCCAUCGCAGCCAGCACUAGGACCACUACAUCGGACCUCAGUAUUGAUGAAACAAACCUAGAUGUGAAUGUGCUGAAGGACAAGCUGGAGAAGGUGAAGAAGCUGCUACAGCUGGCUGCACAAAGGUCUCAGGACCAAACUUUAGAGAUUGAGAAGCUAAUAGAGGGGGAUGCAGGGCGAGGAGGUGAAGUCUCGGAUGGAGAGAAGGCCUCAGUGCUGUACUACCAACAAGAGCUGCGUCAGCUGAAGGAGGAGUUUGAGCGCUACAAAGUACGGGCACAAGUGGUUCUGAAGAACAAAAACACAAAAGAUGGCAACCAAGCCAAGGAGCUAGAGGAGGCCCGCGACCAGCUGGCUGAACUGAAAGAGAAAUACAUCAACCUGCGUAUUCACUCCGACGAGGCAGAGGCCCGGCACAAGCGAGAGCUGGAGGAGCGCCAGCAGGGGCUGAUGGCCCUUCAGCAGGCCCAUAAACAGGAGCAGGAGAAACUAGAUGCUCAACACAGAGAGAACUUUCUACGUCUGGAGGAAGAGAUGCACAAGCAGAGGGAUCGCACCAUGGCCCUGCUCGCAGAGAAGGACCUCGAGCUGGAGCAGCUCCGAGCCACUACAAUGAUUGGCCUUCGAAGGCAGAGUGCAGGUGAUGGCACAGCAGAGAGAGGAGGUGGAGUGGACGGAGAUGACGUAGAAGGUGGUGAUCCUGCUUAUGAUGAUAGUGAGAUCAUUGCUCAGGCGCUGAAGCUGGCUGGCCCAAACGAGCCCACUUUAUUGCUGUACGCUGAACAGCUGGCCCGGAAGGAGGUGGAGAUUGCCGCCUUGCGCAAACAGAAGCAUCGGCUGGAGGAAGACGUGCAUCAGCUGCAAGGGAAGUUGAUCGCCAACGGUGAGAGACAUGAGGAGGAGGUGGCCGAGCUACGUGCACAGCUGGACAAGCGUAUUCGCGACCAGGGCAGAGAUGGAGCCAACUUGGAAUAUCUUAAGAAUGUCAUCUACAGGUUCCUCACACUCCAGGACUCGAGAGGGCGUCAGCAGACACUCACAGCCAUCCUGACCAUCCUUCACUUCAGCCCUCAAGAAAAACAGGCUGUUGUGAAGCAGCAAGCACAGAGCUGGUGGACAGCUGGGAAGAGAUGAUGAAUCAAGUCAGAGAAAGCUGCAACGGUUUAUUUAUUUUGUAGUAGUUAAGAGUCACGUUUUUCAGGGUUUCCAUUUUCUGUUCUGAGGUACCAAAUUAUGCGCAUUACCUGUAUGACGAUUCUGACGAAAGCUCAUAAUGUUUGUGCUGUCUCUCACAAUCCAUAUGAAUAAGCGCUUUAUCUUGCUACUAACUAAGGAAAGACAUUUACUAGGACAUACAAUCAAGAGACCGAGACAGCCGUUAUUUGGUUUUUCUCUCUUUUGAAACUUCUGUGCGCUCCAGGAGCUACAACCACUACUAUUAGAACUUGUAUAGCCGUGUGUAAUUAUUAUAACAUUAUUAAGCAAUACCAAAGAAAGUGUCAGGUGUGCUGCUGCUUUGCAGUGACCUGUGAACCUUAAAUAAAUAAAUAAAGAUUUAGCCAGAGCAAGUGUCGCACUUCAUAACCAUGCAGCCAGUUAUUCUUUUGGUUUUUUGGUAAGGAUCCUCAAUAAUCUCUUUAUCCAUGCGUAUUGAUAUUGAGAUUAUGGUUGUAAUUAGGGGUGGGAAAUAUGACCAUAUUUAAUCAUAUGACAUCACACACUAGAAUAUGCUUUUAUGAGCAUUGUAGAUAUCAUCAGUACUUAAGGACAUUGACCAACUGCAUGUUUUAUUAGGUGGCUGGCAAGAAAGCUUUUUUAAUUGAAUUUAGUGCAGCUCACGGAUGAGAACACUGAGGAAGUGCUGGGGCAUUCUGUCAGCUCUAACUUCAGACCUCAGAAGAAUUAAGUAGCGUGAUACAGAUCAUACAUUACGAAGAUGUCUUUGUUACUAUGAUCUUUUGCCAUAUUGCCCACCCCUAGUCAUAAAAGCAUUAUACAACAACCCUUCAUAACAUUCCAGUGUAGUGUUUGCCCUGCACAAAGAUUUCUGAUUGAAAACAUCAGUUAAUUAUCAAACCCUCUGUGAGGUCAAUCGUGCAUGAUGGCGUCCGUGUUAUCCUCGGCCUCUACUUAGGCUUUAUAUUUGUCCAUUUUCCUCAUUGUCCAAAUGUCACCUAAUUGCAGUGUUGCACCUUCUGUAUCUAAUAGUAAUAAUUAGUGGUAUGUUUUGUACCGAUUUUUGAUUUUUUUUGCUAUAGAUGGGUUGUAGAGUAUCCUUAUAAUGUAUAUUUUGGAUCCUUGAUUUAAAACCGUGAAAUUAAAACUACUUUCUCCCCUUC